UGGGUUGGUUUGGUUCAUAUGGGGGCGGUUAACGUUGAAGAGAAGUUAUAGACAUGGCAUGGGAUGGUCUGCAUUAUGUGCCGGAAGCCUACGUGAAGUAAAAUAUCCUUCAAAUGGAACUGCCAGCAAUGUAUUUCAUCCUUUCUGGAGAUGGCAAUGAUAAUGUUCGAAGGUGGAAUAGUAUCGCAAAGCUUUGACCACUCAGAGGCCAGCUACGCCAACACUUACUUCUCAAACAUCCAUGACACCACCACCAACACCGGAACGUCAUUUAUCGCAUCAACCACAGAAACCAACAAGAUGGGCGGUCUCAAUCUAGAAGUUUUCAAGUUCGGCAUGUAUGUCAUGUUCCCGAUAGGGAUCAUGUACUAUUUCGGCACCAACCUCGAUGACCGCUUCUCCGUUCCCAACUUCUGGCCUAAGCCUGAGGAGUGCAACCGUAUCCCCCACGAUCGCGAAGAGAUUCGCGCCGAGUACGACCGUAUCGUUGCGCGACAAAAGUUGAGGCAGGCCAAGAAGCUGGAAGAGGAGAAGCUUAGGUAGGGGAUCGCAACCACCGAAUAACGGAUCGGGCUCUUGAGACCGCGAACGAACACGAUAAGAAUACGCGAUCCAGAGAGAACUAUGUACAUUACGUGUGGGAGGAUUGAG